CAGAGCCCGCCUGUGACCAUGGAGGCCAGAGUGCUCUGGCUGCUGGCAUUGGUCCUGGCCUUGGGGUCCUCCAGCUUGGCUGACGAGUAUGUGGGCCUGUCGGAGAACCUGUGUGCUGUGCCGGCCAAGAACAGGGUGGACUGUGGCUACCCCGAGAUCAGCCCCGAGCAGUGUGUCAACAGGGGCUGCUGCUUUGACUCCAGCAUCCCCGAGGUGCCUUGGUGCUUCAAGCCUCUGCAGGACACAGAAUGCACAUUUUGAAGCGACGCCCACCAGCCCCGGACACCCUGG